CUUUUUUUGCGCCGCCGAGUACCUUCUGGAAUCCGCCGCUAUUGGAGACGUCUUAUCUUCUGUGAGCCGAGGGGGUGUUCCAAACUUAGAAGGCUAUGUCUAGGACACAAAUGCUAAUGCUAGGCAUAAUUCAGUCACUGAUUCAAGGAUUUGAGUUUUGAAAAUUUUCCAAUGCAGAGUUGCAGCGAGGAGAAAUGCCUGAGGAAGAAAGGCAGUCGGGCCAUGUUCUUCCUACAAGUCUGGAACCUGACAGUUUGAAGAAGAGCUAUUGGGGAUUCUUGGCUACUGGGGUCGUUGGUGGUGCACUGGUGACUCUGUAUGCUGUGGCUACACCAUUUAUCACUCCGGCCCUCCGGAAAGUUUGUUUGCCGUUUGUGCCUGCAACUUCGAAGCAGAUUGAAAAUGUUGUCAAGAUGUUGCGACAUAGAAGAGGACCCCUGGUGGACAUUGGCAGUGGCGAUGGACGGAUUGUGAUUGCAGCUGCAAAGGAAGGCUUCCGAGCUGUGGGGUAUGAGCUGAAUCCGUGGCUGGUUUGGUACUCCAGAUACCGUGCCUGGAGGGAAGGCGUGCAGGGCUCGGCCAAGUUCUACAUUUCAGAUCUAUGGAAGGUCACCUUCGAACAGUACUCCAACGUCGUUAUUUUUGGUGUGCCCCAGAUGAUGCCGCAGCUGGAGCGGAAGCUUGAGCGGGAACUUGACGAUGGUGCUAGAGUGAUUGCCUGUCGGUUCCCUUUCCCACACUGGACUCCAAACCACACGACUGGAGAGGGCAUCGACACCGUGUGGGCAUAUGACAUGGGUGCUUGUAGAGCACGGGGAGGACGGCCUGAUCGUGAGGAUCGGCCAGUAGAACUGUAGAGCGCGGGGAAGACGGCCUGAUUGUGAGUGGAUCAGCCAGUUGAACCUCGAGAACCUGUGGGUUUCCUCAAGCCAGAGACAGAGCAAGGUCCUCGACCUUCAAUGCCGAGGAGCUCUCCAUUCCUUCUUGAGAACUCGAACAGAGGCUCAGAGAAACAUUGAAGGCUAAACUCUACUGCUUGGGGUUGGCUUUGAGUUUGCUGAGAAGGAUGACCUUGAACUUCUGAUCCUUCCACUUCUACCUCCCCAGGAAAAUGUGCUCUUAGUGGAACGUUCUGGAGGCUUACUCCUUUGCAUACCCUAGGGUGCAUAGGACAUAAGUAAGUGACAGUCUGGGGGUCAGAAGGUGUCAUCUCAGCAGCAUGGUUUAAUGGCUCGGGUGAAGAGGACGGGGCACUUAUGCAAACAGCUGCAGUUUCCUGUAUGUUGUUCGUGACUGAGAUUUAAUCUCCUUUCUGUAGGUUGUAGCUAAAUUAAUUUUCUAAAAGAUUCAGAGCGACAUUUAGAUGUUGUAAUACUUACAAGGAAUGUUUACCCUAAGGCGGGGGCUUACUCUGCUUUAUUGAUUGACUGUGUACAUGUACAACUGUGUGUAAAUGGACUAUGUAACAUGCGCAUGUUUUAAGAUUGGGGAAGUUGGAAUAAACUGUACAUGGCUCUGAUAGGCA